AUGUCAUAUUUGAUUAAAUUCAAAAGCAAUCUUAUAAAUCAUAUAGGUGACUUAACGCAUAACCGUCAUCCAGAAUAUGUUUCUCGACAAUUUGAGCAAGAAUGGAUUAUAUACCAACGUAUUUUAAAUCGAACUAAUGUCACACAAUAUACAGCAUGGCUUGAUAUGAGAGGAAAUCAUGAUGUAUAUAUGGAUCCAGAUUCACAAUCUAGUAAAAGUCUUUAUCGUAUUUAUUCUCAUCAAGGAAUUUCACAUAAAGCUUCAUACCAAUAUACAUUAACAACAAGUGAUAAUGACACUUAUUCAUUUGUUAGCAUUGAUAUGUGUCAAAGACCAGGUAUUGGUGCUCCACUGAAUUUUCUUGGUUAUAUAUCCAAAGAAGAAUUGAAAAAUAUAAAAAAGUUAUCUGAACAAACUCGAAAUUCUAAUACAACGAUAUUUUUUGGUCAUUAUCCCUUAUCAUUUACUUAUUCAAAAGGAGUAAAUGAAUUAAUGCGUCAUGGUAUUGUUUAUUUAAAUGGUCAUCUGCAUUCCAGUGUUAAAAAUUUAUAUGCUCGGCAUUCUGAUGGAUUACUUGAACUUGAAUUAGAAGAUUGGAAAAGAAAUCGACGAUUUCGCAUAGUAACAAUCGAUUCAGGCAUAUUAUCAUUUGAAGAUUUUCGUUUUGAUCAACCAAUUUAUCCUGUUAUAUCAAAUCCAAAAGCAGCUAAGUUUAAAACACCUAGAGAACCACUUGAUCGUCUAAGUCAAAGUACACAUAUUCGAGUUGUUGUUUUUUCCAAAUGGCCAAUUGUUGAUGUCAAUGUUUCGAUUGAUUCAAAAUAUUUGGGUAAUGCAACACAAUCAAUUGAUAAUAAAAAUUUAUAUGUAUUACCAUGGGAUGCAAAUUUUUAUAAUGAUGGUCAUCUUCAUAAAUUAAAAAUUGAAAUUAAAGAUAAUCAAAAUAAUAGAAUUAACACUGAAAAUGAAUUUUCUCUUUCAACAACUACAAUAACCGUAUGGACUCGAUCAAAAUUUGUUUUGUCUAUUCAUUGGCCAACUAUUUGGUUGCUUCCUAUUACUGGCGCUUUGUUUUUAUAUAUUAUUGCCUUCAUGUUUUUUCGAUAUAGUGUAAAACGAACGGCAUCAUGUUGUGAUAUUGGUUUUACUCUAUGGAACAUAAUUCGUUUACCAAUGAUGGUUCUAUGUUCGGUGGAUUUGUUUUAUUAUUCAUUAACAGGUUUAGCAUUAUAUCAUUUUAUUGGUCCAUGGUAUAUUGGAUACCUUACAAAUGGUUAUAUCGGUGCCAUUUUUUUUUGGGGUACGAUUAUUAGAGGAAUAUACCUUCCGCCUGAUAUGCAAUUAUAUGUGGGAUCUGUUCAAUUAGUCUUAUUUUUCUUUCCAUUAACAUUAUGUUUAUGUGCAUCAUGUUAUUCUCGUUAUAUUCUACUUCAAUCGAGAAUAAGUGUUGCUGAAUCGCAGUGUAAUCGUGUACUUCGAAUAUUUACUGUCUAUAUUCUAUUUGGUUAUACAGUUCUAUUUGUUUUAUAUUGGUCAUUUGUAUCAACAGCAUCAUAUAAAUUAGCAUUCAUAAUAUCACCAUUUGGUUUACCAUUAGCGAUAUUUUCGUUAUUUCUUUAUGUAAAAUCAAAACGAUUAAAAAUGAAAGAUUUUAAAAUUCAAUUAGUAAAAACUGACAAUGAUAAUUCAGUAAGUGAAAAUAUUAUUGAAGUUGAUGAGUGUCGAUGUAUUUCGAUAGGAACCAGAACUGCAAUAAAAGAUGAUUAA